UCGUAUGCAGUCGCAAUAAUAUGAGACGUUUCAAAUAGAAAACUUUUUUGAAAAAUGGAGGUAUUUAAUAACACUCAAAAACUUCUUUCUAGCCUCCUUUCUUCAAAAAUUAACACAUCUUUCGUAUUAACGCCAGAAAAUGCAAAUUCUGUACAUAUGAUUUUAAUUGGGUUGCAAUAUCCAGAACCAAAAAGUGAUAAUUUCCUAAUAAGUUUCUUGAAUUUACCCGGAAUUUACAAUGAGAUUUUCCAACAUAAAUCGCAGCAGAAGUGUAACAUGAGAAGUAACAUGAGAAGGCUCACAAUAAAUGGGUGUGUGGUAUUGUUUAAACAUCUAAUAAUAAUUGUGAUUGUGUAAUAGACCUCUCCUUUAAGAUUUUAUCUUUUCCAUUUGGCAUCAAAUGAAAGAUGGGUUAACAAGUGUGCUUGCUUUUAAUAUAGAAACAUUGUGAAUUUUGGAUAGUUUUUUAUGGCGUUGCUUCAAAAAUCUGCUGAACUGAAAAGUUUUCUAUAAUGAGUUAUGAUCAAACCAAUGUUCAACUUGCAAAUGUGGUUCAACGCCCAUUGGCUUCAAAUCUUAUUUCCCGAGUUGGCUAUUUGAUUAACGAUAGAUAUGAUCAAUUUGGACGUCAUCUUGGUUUAGAUGUCUAUGAUCUUAGGAACAUUAAUCAAAACCAUGCAACAGCUCAGGCAAAAGCGGUAGCUGUUAUUGAAAUGUGGAUUGAGUCUAGAGGGAGACAAUCAUGGGUAGAGUUAAAAGAAAAGUUGAUAACCUUUC